GACUCACAAGCCGGGACUGCUCUGCGUGGUCAGUGUUCCCUCGACUCCUGUAUUAGGAAGGUGGUUAGACUGCCUCCUUCCCUCACGCACCCCACUCCACCACUCUUGUCUCUCCCUCACGCACCGCCGACUGAUUGCCUGAUUGAUUGAAGCUUCUGGCGCCGAGGUCACGUGGCAUCCAAGGAGUUGAGAAAUACAUGAGCGUCUUCACCAGUUCGCCAAGUCUGUGUUGGUGAAAAUGCUGACCAAGUGGUUUGUUUGGAGGAAACUGUGAGUCUUGUGUGUUUUGACAGUGUCGUGUUUGUCGCCGGAGCUUUGGACUAGAAAAGGUGGAAGGAUUAUAAAAGAAGGGAGUGGGAAUGUUGUUUGAUAGUUUGGCUUGACGUGCACGAAGACUGGGUGAAAAAGUUGUCAUGUUUAUCGUGGAGUUUUGAUGGAAGCUUUGAAAAUAAACACUGACAUUUGGUAAAAAAAAAAAAAAAGACGGUGAUUCUUGUAAAAUAUAUUGGACAAGUAUAUAUGUUCUGAACACUGCACAGUUCCUCUCAACUUUUAUACGGUGGAAAAUUAGCUGAUACUUCUUAAUACUUCUGAAAAAAUAAAAUAAAUAAAAAAUCCAGUACUUGUAUAUGAAGAGCAUAAACAUUUAUCGUAAUUAAAAAAAAAACAAAAAAACAUGCAACCAACCACUUAAUAAGUUACACACUACGACACAUACAAUCCCAAACAAGACACACAAAAAGCACAACUGUGAAUCCACCAAAGACACAAGUACCACAACCACUUAAGCCAUACAAUUCUGAAAAGGAGAAGAAGGACCACUGAAAACUCCUCCUUUUUGACACUCGACGCAUCAUAUCUACCGUGGUAUCUGCCGGGCUUUUAAGCGGCGAGGCGUGCGUGCGUGCGUGUGUGUGAGCAUUUCUGUGUGAGUGUUUAUGUGUGUCCAUGUAUGUUUAUGUGUAUGUGUGUCUGUGUGGCCUUGCAAUCACGCUGCCGCCACCGCCGCCACUUAGCGCCCUCGGCUCUGGUUGCAGCGAGUGCGCGAUGUUAUGACACUUGAUGGAAUGAGUUGAUUAGGGAGUGACAACAGUAAUAAUAAUAGUAAUAAUAAUAAUAAUAAUAAUAAUAAUAAUAAUAAGAGAUAUUGAAACGCUGUGGAAGGAAAAAACAAGGCAAUACAUAGAAGACGAAAGGAGGAAAACAUUUAAUAAGAGAAAAGGAAAAUGAAAAUACUUAAAGAAGAGGAAAAAAAGGAAGGAAGAUAACGCUUAAAAAAGAAGAAGAAAGAAGAAGAACUCAAAACAACGGCAACAUCAACAACAACAACAACAACAACAACAAGCCAGGAAAAAAAUAUAGUGUUUACGUAACAAAAAAGCUAUUUAAAGAAGAUCAAACAAGAACAACAACAACAGCAACAACAACAACAACAACAACAACAACGAGAACAACAAGGAAGGGGAAAGUUAUCUGGAGUGUGCGUAACAAGAAAACUAUUUGACUGUACGUAACAUUAGAGAGGGGAAAAAAAUCAUUGGUGUUAACGUGACGGGAGGGGAAAAAAAGGAAGGAAAAAAGGAAAAAAAAAGAAAAACACAGGAAAUGCCGUCUUCUGUGUACAUAAUUUUGGUGGCGGCGUGGGCGUGGGUGUACAGUGCCAGAGGGGAGGAAUGCCACAUGUGUCGCCUGUCCCCGUGUCGUAAGGUGACGGGGCUCUUCACUCGCUCCAGGCUUCCCAUGGGCUACAACCUCAUUGCCAGAGUGCCGCCCAGGGCCUGUAACCUCACUGUCACUGAGCUACAGCCCUCCUCCAACUACCUGGCGAUAAGGACGGACCACGGAUACAUCAUCAACGGCAACUGGGCCAUUCUUCCCCCUGGGCGCUACAUGGGGGCCGGCACUGGCUUCUUCUACAGCCGCCCACGCACACCCGCAGAGGUUAGGGAGGUGAUCCAGGCCCCGGGACCCCUCACUAUGCCCGUGGAUGUCAUGCUGAUCUACCAGUCGACCAACACUGGGGUGAAAUACGAGUACUGGCACCCCAUAGUACACCCCGACAUCACCCCGGCCACCCUCCAGGGCCGCCCCCCAUCCCGCAGCUCCUCCCCCCUCCGCCAGGUCCUCCCAGCGUACCAGGCCAGACCGGGGGUAGAGGGAGGAGCAGUAGACCCCCUGCCCCCCGAUCCCCGCUCUUCUCUUGGGGCGGGAGGGGUGGUGGGGGCCGGGGAGUCAACGGGGCCAUCGUGGAGGGUGUGGAAGUUUACUCCCUGUUCGAGGACUUGUGGUGGAGGCCAACAGCAAACAGUUUACAUCUGCACGAGUCCCGCCGGGGCAAUUCUCUCUGAUGACGUGUGUGGCUCGCCCAAACCCCCGCCACAGACUGUGCACUGCAAUCCACGCCCCUGCCCACCCUCGUGGCAGCUUGGGGAGUGGUCCCAGUGCUCGGUCACGUGUGGGUCAGGGGUCAUGACGAGGACCUGGGCGUGUGUUCAGGAGGUCACACCCACUCUGACCCGCUCCGUGCCGCCCGCCACCUGCCCCGCGCCCCUGCGAGCCACCAUGGUGCCCCUGAUCCAGCCCUGCACCAUGGCUCCCUGCACCAAGUGGGAGGUCACCGCCUGGACGCAGUGCUCGGUGGAAUGCGGCACGGGGCUCAAGACGCGGCAGGUGACAUGCAGAGCUGACGGGAGGCGUGUGGGUGCAGACGAGUGCAACAUCCAGGAGAAGCCACCCUCCCAGCAGCUGUGCCACGCCCACUCCUGCGCCCACCACACCUGGUUCUACACUGACUGGUCUGAGGAGUGCUUCGGCGGGUGUGAGGACGGAGUGCAGAGACGCCGCGUGUGGUGCCUGCCUGGGGUCAACUCAGUGGAGGGGGAGUGUGACCUGACCCAGCGUCCCCCCGACACCCGCCCCUGCCCUCUGCCCAACGCCUGCGCCGCCGCCUGGUUCACGGGGCCCUGGUCGCCUUGCUCCGACGAAUGCGGGAACGGCACUCGCUCACGGGAGGUGGUGUGCGUGGUGUUCCUAAGGGGGACCUUCCGCGCCACACUUGAUAUUGAAUGCGACGCCACAGCAAAACCCAACGACUCCCAAACCUGUAACCCUGACCCUUGUCCUCCUCACUGGUACUACACUGACUGGUCUGCGUGCUCGAGGACCUGCGGGCGUGGCACCAAGACGCGAGCUGUGCAGUGCCUGGACCAGCACCAGCAGCUGUCCACGCGGUGCAGCAUUGCCGACAAACCCGUCACGGCCCGCCCCUGCGUGGAGAAGCCCUGCAACAAGCCCAGCGAUCGAAGCUGCGUGGACCGGUUCAGAAACUGUGUCAUGGUACAGCAAGCUCGCCUAUGCCGCUACUCCUACUACCGCUCCGUCUGCUGCGCCUCCUGCUUCCAACAGUAGAGGGAACGCCCACCUGUCACUCUCCUCCUCCUCCUCCUCCUCCUCUUCCUCCUCCUCCUCUUCUUCCUCCUAUUCCUUCGUGUCUUUGUUUUCUUUCAUUUCAUCUUUUAAAUCUUCGUCCUACUUUUUUAAAUUUCAUCUUUUUUUUCAUUCUCCUCUUACUCCUCCUCUUCCUCUUCCUCCUUCUCCUCUUCCUUCGUGUCUUCUUUUCCUCCUUUUCAACUUUUAAAUCUACAUCUAUUUCAUCAGAUUUUUCUCCUCUUACUCUUUUUCCUCCUCCUCCUCCUCUUCUUCCGCCAACGCCUCUUCUUUUUUUUUUUUUUUUUUUUUCACCUUUUCGAGUCUUAAAUCUACGGCCUCAUUUUUUUCUCUCUUUACUAUUCUAUCUUUUCUUUUUUGUCGUCUUCCUUCCCCUCCUCUUCUUUCUUUUUUUUCUAUCUCCUUUUCGUCUUUCAAAUCUAUAUUCUAAUUCUUUAUCUAUUUUUUUUCUCCUCCUCCUCCUCCUCCUCCUCCUCCUUCGCCCAAGAGAGAAGAAACAGGCAGACUGGCAUAAGAGAAAAGUCGCCUCUCUUUAUUCUUUUUCUUUCUUUCUCUCUUUCCUGCCGUCGAGGGAAAAAUUUAUCUCCUGCUUUGCUUUCUUUUCCUGCUGCUUUGUUUGUUUGUUUGUUUUCCACCUGAAAUUAACACCUUUGGCCUUAUCUCAAUUGAAGUUCUCUUAUGUUUUUUUUUCUUUUCAUCUCAGCUUAUCUCUAAUUUAUCAAGUUAUUUAUUUUUCUCUUCAGUUUAUAUUUAUCUAUACUUGUUUUGUUUGUUAAUCUUACUCGUACCUUCCUCAUUUCUUAAGAGCUUCAGUACUCGUUCAGCUUACAAGGCAGUCAUUGUUGCUGUUGUUAUUGUCUCUCAUCUAAUUCACACUUAGUCCUUUUGUUCUUCUCCCAUGCAAGUAACAGAAAGAAUAUCGCAAUAAGAACAUAAGAAAAUAAGGGAAGCUGCCAGAAGCCAUCAGGCCUACACGUGGCACUCCCUUUAGUCGUAUCCUCAAACAUCUCAGCGUCUUAUCUCCGCAAGUUUGAGGAGGCUGUGGUGGAAGUUAUCGGGAAGUUUUCAAAGAAGUUUUUUUUUAUUUUAUGAUCUUGGUGCACGUUUAAUUACAAUGCAACGUCAGUAGCACAAACACCCGUAGAAAUCCGAAAAAAAAAUCAUCUCUGGCCUUUGAAAAUCGUCUUUAUAAUGGCACAGAAUGUUUCAAAAUACCUCUGCCUUUUUUUCUGACAUGACAAGAAAAAGGCUAUAAAGAAAAGAUGCAAUGAAAAUGCUAUUCUCUAAAGAGUGUGGCCAGAAGGGUCAUCCAAAAUUUAAGGAUAAGUGUCUAGAAAUCUUCCUCUUGGAGCAGCUCAAGUCAGAGGCAGGAGGAAGUAUAAAAACAGGAAGAGGUUUUGUGUAUCCACCAUGUAUCCUCCUAUCACUCCUGUAAAUCCAACUAUUAUUUAUUUUCCUCCUAAUCGUCUCGGAAUGUUGGGUCUUUUUUUAAACCUGCCUAUUUCUACCAAUCAAUCCUUUAAAUUCUAUUGUUUAUACUGUUUUUCUCUUAACUGGUCAAAAUACGAGCCCUUUUACAAGACUUAUAUACCUCUAAAUCAUGUUACUUAUUUUCCCUUAACUGAUAUUCCUCACCAGGCACGUUUCUAGCUCCUGACGAGACAGACCACCAGGGUUAGUAAACUCUGUCCGGUGCUUCGGCAAGUCUAGUUCCACUCUUGCAUAAUCUGCUGUUUUCGUGAUAAAUAUUCCUUCUUUUUUUUUACGGUGCGAAAAUACACCAGGCUAAACUUAAAAUAUCUCAGCCUAAUGAUGCCACUGCUCUGCGCUAUAUAUAUAUUUUUUUCUCUCUCACGCGCGUUAACUUUAAAAAACUCUUUCUAUACUUUCUUCCCGAUUCCUUCCCAUGACAUUUUUUUCCUGCCAUGAAGGUUCUUUCUUGUGGUAAGGAAAAAAACAACAUGCAUGACAGAUUUUUGUAUAUAUUAUUGUUUUGUGUGAUGUUACUGUAUAAGCGGAAAGCAAUUAUGUACUAGAGGCAACUGUUGUUUUGUUAAGAUUCUCAUUGACACAAACACUCUUAAUUAAAUGAAUGCUAAAUAUA